AUGUUACCUAUAGCGGUUGAUUCGUUAAGUUUUUUAGAUACCUCAAAAGAUAAUUUAAACGAUGAUUGGGAGUUAUUUGUAAAUAAUAUUAGAAAUGCAACUUCUGAAGCCAUUAAGGUUCAAUACGCAAACUUAGAUUACAAAAAUGAAAGUGAUCAAGAUGAGCAAAUAGACAAUAGAAUCCUCGAAAUUCAGCAAGGUAUGAAUAUAGUGAGGGAUAAAAUAAAGGGAGAAUAUAAUGACUUCGAUAUAUUGCAUGCUAAAAUGCGCAAUGAAGUCACCAACUUAUUGGAAGAAAUUAAUACUGAAAAUACAAAAUUAAAUGUUCGAUUAUGGGGAACUACUGCCUAUGAAAUCGGUGUAAAAGAAGUUCCUUACUCUUGGAAAAAUAGAAUAAAAUUUCUAGGCUGA